AUGGCGGAGGCUCUUAUAGACAAUCAAACCUUCAAAUGUCUGAUAUGUCUCCAGGAAUGUAACACACCCCGACAGCUACCAUGUUUUCACACGUUUUGCACGGGUUGUUUGGACACCUAUAUCAAUUCUGAAUACGUCACAGAAGAUAACAGGACGUACUUCCCCUGUCCGGUAUACGAAAGUCCGUGCUACCCUCAAAACAAGGAUGCUCCCGUUAGUUCUUGGGCCGGUUCGUUUCCUCGGAAUCAGCUAUUUGCUUCCUCAACGUUCAAAGAGACAGAAUCAGGUCAGACAUUCUGCCACGGAUGUCUAACUGACGACGAAGAGAACGUUGCUUCCUUCUGGUGUAAAGCAUGCUCGGAAGCCUUGUGUCAGCCAUGUCGCAUUGCACACCGACGAAGCAAAUUACUUUCAACACACAAAGUCAUUGCCAUAGACGAGGUUUCUAAGACAGAUAUACGCAUGCCUGUAUUCCAUUGUCAACACGUGUCCUCGUCAUACAGGGAAGACGAUCGAAGUAUACUGCCACGACCACAACGUCUUAUGCUGUGUUCUGUGCGUGACACUGUCACAUAG